AUGGUCAAUGAUGACAAACAAAUUGAUAGAAGUAACAGUAUAAUAUCCUUGACUACAUCUGAAGAAGAAGAAGAAGAAAAAGAAGAAGAAGAAAAAGAAGAAGAAGAAAUUGAAUUAUUAGAUAGAUAUAAUUUAGUCAAUCAAAUUCGGCCAAAUGAUGAUGAAACUUCUUCACUUGAUUAUUCUGAUGCUGAGACAUCAAGCAACUCAAUAGAUAUCAAUGAUGAUGCAGAAGAUUACUAUGAAUCAUACUCAUCAAAAUUUAUUAAUUUUAUGAAUCGAAAUCCAACUACUUAUCAUGUAAUCACCCAUUUUAGAAUAUUAUUAGAAUCCAACGGCUUUAAAUAUUUACCCUCAAAUAAGAUAAUAGAAAAAUUGGAUCCUGGCUUUUAUUAUACUACAAGAGAUGAUUUAUGUUUAGCUGCUUUUGUUGUUGGCGGUAAUUGGAAACCAAUCAAUGGUUCUUUAUUCAUUUGUUCUCAUUGUGAUGCAUUAAGCGUGAAAAUUAAUCCAGGUUCACUGAUCAAAAAAGAUAUAAACGGGUAUAAUUUACUAGGUGUAGCUCCAUAUUCUGGAAGUUUAAAUAAGCUAUGGCUUAGUAGAGAUUUAGGAAUAGCUGGAUCAAUAUUGGUUAAAGAUUUUAAAACUGGUAAAGUUCAAAGAAAGUUGAUCAAUAGUUAUCCUGAACCAAUUGCAUUCAUACCUCCGAUUGCACCACAUUUCGGAUUGGGUGAAUUUGAUUACAAUUUACAAACUCAAACAGUACCAAUUUAUGGAUUUAAUAAUGACGAAAAUGCUGAACCACCUACUGAAGAGGAAAGAGACAGUAUAUUAUAUGGUAGACACUCAUUACAAUUAUUAAGGUAUAUUAGUAGAUUAUCCAAAAGUUCAAUUCCUUCAAUACUUCAAAUGGAUUUAGAUUUAGUUGAUGUUCAACCAAGUUGUCGUGGUGGAUUAAAUAAGGAAUUUAUAUAUCUGUCAAGUUUGGAUGAUAGAUUAUGUGCAUUUGAUUCAGUAUACGCAUUGAUUGAAUUUAGUCACACCUUGACAAAGGAACAACUUCAAAGUUAUUCAGGUUUCAAUGGGGUUUAUUUAGCAAAUCAUGAAGAGAUAGGAAGUGAAAGCAGAACAGGUGCAAAAAGUGGUUUUCUAGUUGACAUUUUCAAAUCUAUAAUAUCAACUCAAGUAAAUCAAAAGAAGAAGAAGGUACCUAAUGAAUUAUUGGCUAAUUUAAUCAAGAGUACAAUACUUUUAUCUACAGAUGUUACACACGCAUUCAAUCCAAAUUUUAAGGAUGUUUAUUUAGAUAAUAAUUUUCCAUUACCAAACAUUGGUCCUUCAAUCAAAUUUGAUUCAAAUGCUCAUGUAUUAAGUGACAGUUUAGGUUGGGAAUUUCUCAAUAGAGUUGUUGACCGUAUAGAUGAAGAAUUUAAUAUCAAAUUACAACAUUUUCAUAUUAGAAAUGAUUCAAGAUCUGGUGGAACAAUUGGUCCAAUUAUGUCUGAUGGUAAUAGAGGUUUAAAUGGAGCAAAAUUAAUAAUUGACGUAGGCUUGCCGAUAUUAAGUAUGCACUCGAUCAGAAGUAUAAUGGGAUAUAAAGAUGUUGGUAUUGGUAUUAAAUUUUAUCAAGAAACGUUUAAAAAUUGGCAGGGUAUAAUUUAUGAAAUGGAACAUGGUAGCGAUUGA